GUUUGUGGGAAGUAUUACCAAGGAAGGGGGCCGAAAUCCCAUGCAUAUACACACAGUCUUGAAGCAGGACACCACGUGUUUAUCAAUUUACGAACAGAGAAAGUUUAUUGUCUUCCUGAUGGAUAUGAAGUCAUAGAUCCAUCUCUUGAUGACAUUAUACAUGUUCUGAAUCCAAGAUUUACUCAGGAACAGGUUGAGCAACUCGAUAAGAGCCGGCAGUGGUCUAGGGCACUUGAUGGGUCUGAUUAUCUUCCUGGAACGGUUGGGCUGAAUAACAUCAGGGAGACUGAUUUUGUUAAUGUCACGAUUCAGUCCUUGAUGCGAGUAACUCCGUUGAGAAACUUCUUCCUAAUCCCUGAAAAUUAUCAACACAAUAGAUCUCCUCUUGUUCAUAGAUUUGGAGAGCUUACCCGAAAGAUUUGGCAUGCACGGAACUUUAAGGGACAGGUGAGCCCACAUGAGUUCUUGCAAGCGGUUAUGAAAGCUAGUAAAAAACGUUUUCGGAUAGGUGCACAGUCUGACCCUGUUGAAUUUAUGUCAUGGCUCCUGAAUACCCUUCACACAGAGCUUAGAACUUCCAAAAAAGGCAGUAGCAUAAUCCAUCGGUGCUUUCAGGGAGAAUUGGAGGUUGUGAAAGAGAUGCAUAAUAGACCUAUUGCUGAGAAGAGGGAGAGUGGGAAAGAUGGUGAACAUGGAUCUCACAAUAUUGGCAUGGAAACUAGCAGAAUGCCCUUCCUAAUGCUUGGACUUGAUUUGCCACCGCCACCUCUUUUUACAGAUGUCAUGGAAAAGAAUAUUAUUCCCCAGGUUCCAUUAUUCAACAUACUAAAGAAGUUUGAUGGUGAGACUGUGACUGAAGUUGUAAGGCCCCGUACAGCAAGGAUGAGAUACCGUGUAACAAAAUUGCCACAGUAUCUAAUUCUCCACAUGCGUAGGUUUACAAAGAACAAUUUCUUCAUGGAGAAGAAUCCUACACUUGUUAACUUCCCUGUGAAGAAUCUAGAGCUCAAGGAUUAUAUUCCUCUGCCAGCACCAAAGGAGAAUGAGAAACUUCGCUCGAAGUAUGAUUUGAUUGCUAAUAUUGUUCACGAUGGUAAGCCAGGCGAAGGAUCCUACAGGGUGUUUGUCCAGCGAAAAUCAGAAGAACUUUGGUAUGAGAUGCAAGACCUACAUGUUUCUGAAACUCUUCCUCAGAUGGUUGCACUUUCUGAGACUUAUAUGCAGAUAUAUGAGCAGCAUCAGCAGUAAUGAACCUGACAAGUAACAUUGGAAACAUCAAUAUCUGCCUUUUGAAAUGCCGAUACGACUUUUAGAGAUCUAGUGAAGAGUAUUGUACUUGUUGAGGGAUAGGGAAUUUUGCGUUUUGUUUUGUUGUUGCUGUCUGUAAAUCUCUGUUUUUUUUUGUGGUGCUUAGGCUGAUUACUAUUUGCAGACGGUUUUGUUGUAUGGUAGGUUCUCGAAUUUGGAACAUUAAAGUGCCUUUGUCUUCCAGAUGUAGGAAUUAUAGCUGACAAUUGAGUGGGAAAUCUCAAUUGGACAACUUGAGUAAACUUUUAUCUUAUUGUGAAUUCAACAAGAUUUUUAGCAGAUUAACUAAAA